UCUACCACAUGUCAAAAGCUGGAGAAUUUACAAUGUAUGAAAGCACGGCUCGUCCAUUUCAGAUUCAGAUACGUACACAGCCGUAUGUUCAUAACAACCGCACAUACAAUGUCAUAUGUGCCGCUGCAGUACAGGAAAGCAAUGAUGUUAUUGUUGUAGACAUGUGCCACGUCAGUCAUUCCACCACACCACUAAAGGUUAUUUUUCCAAAUGGCAAAUUAUCUGCGGGAACAAUUGUGUCCAGAAGCCUUAGUUAUAUGUCGCCUGUGGUCAAUAUCACUUUUUCAUCUGGAGCUUUUGUGACUGUUAAGGCUUAUGAAACGUUCCUCGUGAUAUUUGCUCAUUCCGCAAAAGAAGACUUUAAUGCUACAAGAGGACUGUGUGGAAUAUUUGAUGGGAACAUAGACAAUGACUUAACUCGGCCAAAUCUACAUGUCGACUUGUUUCCCCCUAAUUUUCAAGACCCUUUUGCUGAUUCCUGGAGAAUUCCACAAUGGCUGUCCAUAUUUCACAAAUUCGGUAUAAGGAAACGAAAUACUAAAGGCAAGUAUGAAAAUAUUGUUCCAGACCACUGA